AUGAGCUCACAGUCUACGAUAAUCACAGGACAAGUUCGCCUUCGACGCAAAUUAUGCAAAACACUCUUCUUUAUUGACAUUCAGCCCGACAAUGAACCCAAAUCUCAAGUUUUCUUUCGAACAGAUGACGGCAGUUUAGAUAUUGUUGAUUUUCAAGAAUCAUUUCGUGCUUGUCGACCAGGAUCUAUCAUUACGGUGCAAGUGUUUCCACCCAAUGAUCCGAGCGAGCAAGAAGGUAGAUCGCAUACUGUGUGGCAAUGCAGUCAUCCAGUCGACGUAGUGGUGCCUUAUACCAGCCGUAUUGCGUUCAUUCAGGAUCGAGCAUUAGGAGGCUCCUCUGUCCGUAGAGACAUAGUAGAGAUAAAAUCAGCAAAUAGACAUGAAUCAACGCCCUGCAAAUAUUGGAUCAACAAGAAUAAGUGCGAACGUGGAGAUGAUUGCCCAUUUCAGCAUCCCACCGCCGAAGUAUUUGAGAAAAUUCGAGUGGAAUGGUUAGAGGAGAGAGAAAAGAACCGUAAAAUGGCAACGCAUGAUCCAGAGGACCCUCAUACAUCGAAAAAACCACACGGUUUACGGGCGAUAAUAUUUGUCGAAUGGAUAAGACGAACAUUUGCAGAUCAGUUAAAGAAUGGCGGUGCUGUACUAGACGUAGCAGGAGGAAAAGGAGAAAUAUCCAUGGUGCUGAGCCGUGGAUUUGGUAUUCCCACUAUUGUAGUAGAGCCCAAAACUCGUAAACUCCCCAAUUAUUGGUUUACUCGCCUUCGUCGAUUGAUGUUGCGCUUCGAAGCAGGUCAUGAGCCAGACUGGAAAAGCAAAGAAGUGCAAUUGGCUUUGCAGCAUUGGCCGUGCGAUGUAGCCCCCACUUACCAACACACCAUGCUCAAUGAUCAAUUUUUGGAGGACCAUGUUGAAUUGCUCAAAACUGUGUCAUUAUUCGUUGGAUUGCAUUCGGAUCAGGCGACCAUACCCAUUGUCGAUGCAGCACUAAAAGCAGGCAAAGCAUUUGCAGUCGUGCCCUGCUGUGUGUUUAGUCAUGAUAACCGAUCUCGACAGUUACGAAAUGGGGAGCUGGUCACCACGACAGAGCAACAGAUACAAUAUAUACUAGAAAAAGAUACCCAUGGACAUGGAGGGCAGAUACAGACAGAUUACCUGGAUUUUGAAGGAAAGAACAGAGUGGUUUAUUGGAUCCCUGAUAAAUAA